AAUUUGCAACUUGCUUCGUUUUGGAAAGUUACUUCACGAACGAUUUUGUUGAAUCUAACCAGCGGAUGAUAGAAGGGUAGGUGCAAAGUGAAAAGUUAGAAACUUUACAAACUGAAAGUUUCUCGUACAAGAAUUGUGCUGCAACUGUAGGAAAACCAUGAUAUCACAUUGUAACUCUACUCUGUCUGGCGUAACAGAUCUGCUUUCUAAAAGCUGUCUUUACUCAGAAAAGAAAAGUUCACCAAAUAAGAUGGAAAUGGAAAUGGAAAAUCCUGAAAUGAUUGAUAAUGUGUGCGAUUUGGAUGAGCUGGAAGAAGUUUUUGUUGACCACCUUAUUAUGAGCAAGCGCAUAAGAAAGACUUUGUAUGCCGGUGAUUUCAAUGGCUUUACUGAUCUUCCUGAUCACCCUCCAAUUGCCUUAACAGGUUUAGCACUGGAACUAUUUUCGAAAGCUGUACCAAAUUAUGGACUGGAUAUUUUGGAUAUGGACUAUGUUUCAACUGCAACUAAGGCUGCCCAUAUUUCUCCCUGUGCCAUGAUUUUAGCAUUGAUAUACUUAGAUAGACUGCAGAGAAAUAAUAGUGAAUAUUUAGAAACAGUAUCACCUUCAGGUCUUUUUGUCGUUACAAUGCUGGUUGCUUCCAAAUUUCUUUUUGAAAAUGAUGAGGAUAUUGUGACAAAUCAAAUGUGGGCUGAAGCUCUUAAUUUUGAUAUUAAAGACUUAAAUGAACUGGAAUAUGAAUUUUUGUCAGCAAUCGACUGGAAAGUGUUUGUGGAUUAUUCGGAAUAUUUCUUCUACUUAUGCAGCAUUGAAAAAGUUGUAGCUGUUAGACAGUCAUCUUUGCGGGAUUGGUUAUCAUAUACUGAUAUUUGUGUUCUGAUACAAGAUCCUGCAUUUCAAAAUUUUUGGACAUCUUGUGUUAGACAGAUUGCCAAGGCAACAGUUUUAUGGACUGUUGGAUAUAUUACAACUGCAUUAGCAUUAUAUGGAUCAGGAAUGACCAUGCAUAGAUUAACUAAGUCUGUCAAAGACUUAUCUGCAGACUACAAAGUGAGUGAGUUGCAGUCACAAAUUGCCAUAUCCUUCAGAUCUCUCCAUAUUCCAUCCCAACAUCUCUUUGAUGAUGCUCAGUUUGAGAAAAAAUUACAUUCAGACACAAUUACUUCUACACAUCUUUCUGGAAACAACGAACAGCAUGAUAUUACUUAUGGACUUCAGGAAAUUGUGCCAUGUGCGUGUCACUCAUUUUCAUUUAAAAAGAAAAGUGAUAUUUUGUCCUGUAGACAGGAACUUACAAAAGCACCAUUGUCUAGUAACUUAAGAUCAUAUCCCAUUUCUGAUUUUCAUAAUUAUUCUAUAAAUAAUCACUUAAUUUUCACAAACCACAAUCUGACGCAUACUUCACAAAUGGCUACGUAUAGUAGUUGCAUUUUAUUGGUAGUUCAAUAAUAUUCUUGAGAUUCAAGCAUUUACUAUUUUUGCUGAACUAGAGGUAGUUAUUUUGGGUGUUACUUUGUACAUAUAUAAUAUCUAUUAUAUUUUUAUGGAAAAUUUUAAAUUUUUUAACAGUUUUAAUAAAGAUUUAUAUAAAAUAAAUUCUUCAUAGAAUUCUACUUUUAUAAAUAAUUCUGUUUAUACUCCAAAAUAGUUUUUGCUUUUCUUUCAUCUUUAAAAAACUAUUGUACAGAAUAGUAAGAAUAUAGAAAUUUUAAAUAUCAUUAGAGGCAUAUUUUUUUUUCUUCUUUAUCUAAUAUUUGUUUUGAAAUACUCAAUGAUUUCUAAGAAAUUUCAGCUCCUUCUUUUCAGUAUCAUCUUUUUUCAUUAUGCAGAUUUUCUUUGCAGAGUAACUUUUCAGUUUCUUGUGAAAUCACAGCAGUUUAUUAAUAUUUAAAAAAAUUAUUUUAAUAAUUGCAUACAAUGACUAAAUGAAUAAGUAGUUAUGUGACUGAAUGUCAUGUUUUCUUUCGUAUUUGCGAAGAUUUUUAUAUCCUUAUAUGCAUUUAACUUGAUCAAAUCUAUAGAAAUAUUGUUGUUUUCCUCAGAUAUAUAAUGGGGGAGGGCGCACCAUGAACUUGUUAAAAUCGAAUGAAACGUUGAUAUAUGUAAAUAAAUGCAAUAUUAGAGUGAAAGAUUAUUUUUUGGAGAAACUGCAAUUCAAAGAUGGCUGUAGGGCCUUUCUAGCUUAUAUAUGAGAUGUGGUUUAUGCAGGCAUAUAACUUCCAUAUGAUAAUCCAUGCAUAUUUCUCUAUAAAUGUGCAACUAUGCAUCUAGAUCCUGCACAUGCUGCUGAAGCUGACUUCAUAGCUAGUUCCAUAAAUGCUUGAUUGGUGCUAAAUCCGGUGACAAGCAGGUUAGGAAACUCAACCUAGAAAACUUUGUUAUGGGAGAGAAAGCACCACUCUGAGGAAAGUGUGUAUUGUAAGCUGUGCUGGGAGAAGCAGCAGACUGCUUCAGGACAUUUUGCCUAAAUUACUUAAGUGUUGCUAUUCUUUGCAUCAUUGCUAGAGGUUAUCAGUUGUAUCUGACAGCUUUUCAGAUUAGCACCAGCACUUGAGCUGUGUGUCACUCUAUAGCAAAAGCACUUGCUACAAGGCUUAGAUUCUUGAACAUGAUUGUUGGCUCCCAGAGAGAAUUUGGAUUGCUUGCUAAAUAAGAUACAGUUCCAAUUCAGGUUUCUUAUUCCUGCUGCAAACAACAAAGGCAAUGAUGGCUGGCUGUGAGUGGCAGGAUAUAUAUAUAACGGGCACCAUAUGCUAAAUUUCCAUCUCUAAGUAUUUUGAUGCGAUUCAGCCAUAUAUGAUAUCUUCAGUCUAUAAUGAAGGUACCACAUAUGGUUGUUAGUAAAAGAAAUUGAGCUGUCUUUGGUCCAUUAUUAGAUAAAAAAAAAAAUCGUGUGUACCUAUGAUCUGUUCAAGUUGUGUGUAACCUGUUUGUUAUUUUUACAUGCCAUCAUUGCUGUCAUCAACUAAAAGCUAGAUUCUUUUUGAGAUGCUCAUCCCUCUUGCUAAGCGAUAUGUCCUCUUUUGAAAUCUUGACUGCACAAAAUGUCUGACUAUGUUAUAGAGGCAUAUUCGAUCUCUCAGCUGCUGAAACCUAUGCGACUCUAGAUGGCAAGAUCUAUCAAGUGAUGAAACUUCAUGUUAAGUUUGCAACAAUCCAAUAGUUCUGCAGGGAGCAUAAUACACCCUACAGAAUUUGUGAAUUAACUCUGAAAAUCAAAGCCUUCACUAACCUGUAUGUUAAAAUACCAAACUGCCCAAAAUGGUUUUCGAGAGUCAAAAACAAUUUCCUCCCUUCCACAUUCAUCAACACAUCAAGAAGAGUGAAGAUUUCAAAUGACAUCCCUUCUACUUCUAACAAAUAAAUCCUUUUAGGACAAGCUGUCUGCAAUAAACUGAUACAGUGCCUUUGGGGAAAAUGCACCUGCUACUGCAUACCUUAGGGGAGGGAAGAAAACGACAUCGGAAUUUCGGCCGUUUGGGUCGGCUGUGGUCGUUUGAAUGAAAAGGUCAAAGAGGUAAUGUAUGCUAGAGUAAGUGCAUCAGAAGUAAAAUUUAAAAAACUGGAAUUUGUACUGAACUUUAACAUCUCUCUUCCUCCCUUUUUUAAUGCUUGAAGUAAUAGUUACCUGAAGAUAAGUAUUUUUGAAUAGUUGUUCUUGAACAAAUGUAUUUAAAUGAAUUACUAACGUAUUUCCAAAUUAUGUAACUCUCAUGUUAUGUUACUGGCUUAUAAUGAAGAUUAAUAAAAAAUCAACUUUAAUGGGAAGCAUA